ACGCACGCGAAUAACGUGUAUAAGAGAGAGCCCAGUUCAAGAACUGUCGGUGGAUUGAAGAUUUUGAUUCUGUUCUAGAGGGAUGGGAGCAAUGCGUUGGCCUUCCGAAUCAGAGUUGGAGGUAAUUAGAAAGAAGGUCGCUGAAAUGUCUGGUAAAGAUUCCAAACAGGUCAGGGUUGUCAUAUCCCCCUAUAGGAUUUGUCCACUUGGAGCUCAUAUUGACCAUCAGGGUGGAACUGUUUCAGCUAUGACGAUCAAUAAGGGUGUACUUCUUGGCUUUGUUCCUUCUGAUAAUUCUCAGGUUCUACUACAAUCAAGACAGUUCAAAGGAGAAGUUAGGUUCAGCGUUGAUGAAGAACAACUGCCACAAAAUUCUGCGGAAUUAGAGAAUUCAGGUGCUCUGAAGCGUUCCUCCAGUUCACAGGAGGAAUGCAACUGGGGAAAUUAUGCAAGAGGAGCACUUUAUGCAUUACAGAAGAGAGGAAAUCAUCUAAAAAAGGGCAUUAUUGGAUUUAUCUGCGGGGCUGAGGGGCUAGACAGUUCUGGCCUUAGCUCUUCUGCAGCUGUUGGAGUGGCCUACUUGUUGGCUUUUGAAAGUGCAAAUAAGCUUAUAAUUUCUCCUACGGAAAAUAUUGAGUAUGAUAGGUUAAUCGAAAAUGAAUACUUAGGUCUGAAAAAUGGCAUAUUGGAUCAAUCAGCCAUUUUGCUUUCAAGCUAUGGCUGUUUAACUUGUAUGAACUGCAAGACCAAAGAACACAGACUUAUUCGACCUCCAGAAUCAAAUGCAAACCAUAACAAUGAAACAAAGAAGCAAUUCAAUAUAUUACUAGCGUUUUCAGGCUUAAAGCAGGCUUUGAUAACAAAUCCUGGUUACAAUUCCCGAGUAGCUGAAUGUCGAGAGGCUGCAAAAAUUCUGCUUCAGGCUUCUGGGAAUGAAGGGCUAGAGCCUCUCCUGUCUAAUGUUGACCCCAAAGCUUAUGAGGAGCACAAGGGGAAAUUGGAUCCCAAUCUUGCGAGAAGAGCAGAGCAUUAUUUCUCCGAGAAUAAACGCGUUACAAAGGGGCUCGAGGCUUGGGCUUCUGGAAAUAUAGAGGAUUUUGGAAAGCUCAUUUCUGCAUCUGGUUUGAGUUCUAUCAAGAACUAUGAGAGUGGUUGUGAACCACUUAUUCAACUUUGCGAGAUCCUUCUAAGAGCUCCUGGUGUUUAUGGUGCUCGUUUCAGUGGUGCUGGAUUCAGAGGGUGCUGUAUUGCAUUUGUAGAUGCUGAUCGUGCUUUAGAGGCCGCAUCGUUCAUCAGGCAAGAAUAUCCAAAGCUACAACCAGAGUUAACAAGCCAGAUUGACCAAGAAGGGAUGGUCCUCAUAUGCGAUGCUGGUGGUUGUGCUCGUGUAAUUUGACCCACCAUACAACGUGCACUCAUUUUGAAACAUCAAAUUUGAUUCAUUCUAAUAUGUGGUACUCAUUUAUAGCUCUAGCAAUAGACAGUAGCACAGUGCCACAAUGUCAAUACUUACAGGUUCAUCAAUGGAAGAUAAAUUCUUGUCAAUUGAGAAUC